AUGGCUGAGGAGGAAGACCUUGCUGCUGGCGGGCUGAAGAGAAAUCAGCACAAAAUUUUAAAAGAGGUUAAUGCGGAUGGAUCAAUUUUUGCAGGCACUUUGCCAACUGGUAAGCUCCGUCGUUAUUGUCAUAACCAGAGGACAAUGCUUUGGAUGACACUACUAUGGGCGGGGCAGUAUGAGUGGCGAACAACUAAUCCCGAUCCAUCGGGUAUUAUCUGUCCAAUUGAGCAACGAGAGAAUUUACCGGAAUGA